AUGGAAAUUAUCACACCCCAGGACUACCAGAACAACUCUCGCAAACGACAACGUCGCAGUCUUCGCCCCUGUGACGCCUGUCGGAAGCGCAAGACCCGUUGCGUUACCAAGGAUGGCGACGGUGACUGUGUCCAUUGCCAGCUAAGAGCUACACCGUGUACCUUCCAGCACGAUCCUCCAGAACGCCAGGUCACAAGCAACAGCGGGAAUAGCAGCAGCUCGACCGCUGGUCCCGGAAUCCAGGAAGAGAUCGCCCCAGAUGAGACUCCAGCACAGAUUAAGAUCCAGACCCCGAACCAAACCCAGGCCCAGAUCCAGAAUCCAGCGAGGAGUAUGAGCCAGCAAAGUCGUAAAGAGUCCCGGGAGGACGUCCAAUCUGUCUACUCUGUCCCUUCGAUCCAGACUUUCCUCUCACCCGCCGAGACGCGCGCUUCUGCUGAUAGUGGCAUCCCUCUUGCUCCCCCGUCGGGCAUGGUUCCGGAGCUCGGUCCUCUAGAUCGCACAAUGGGCUGCUCGUCUACGCGCUUCGCCGAACUCUAUGGACUUGGGAGUGACAUGGAGCCGAUACUAAUGCGACAUCGUCCUUACGAUCCUCAAACUCACGAGUUUAGUCUCGAUACGCAUGCUAUCCGCCGCGUGCUCCAAAGGGACGACGGCCAGGAGUAUCCCCUAACGUUUCACAUGGCUCGUGACGAAAAAGCAGUCGAGGGUGAUCCGACAUUUUCUCAGGUCGACGCCAUCGAGAGCUGCGUUCGCCCCCACGGGCCCGGUCUCGUCGAGUUAUUCUGGAGACAUGUUCAGCCGUGCUAUCCCAUCCUCUCCAAGGACCCCUUCACCCUUGCCUACAACCAGUCUUACCGUCGCAUCCCCGCGGCCCUUCUCGGGGCCAUCUACCUCUCCGCCAUUCGCUGGUGGACCUACGACCCUGAACUCUCCAUCAGAAGUCCCCCGGACGCCGCCCUCCUCCGCAGGAUGCUGCGGACGGCCAUCCCGGCGUCAUACCACCGCCCAAAGCUCAGUUCUAUCCAGGCCGCCCUGCUUCUACUCCAGUGCCAGCCUGAAGACCCCCUCAACCCUGACCAUACCUUCCAAUGGGGUCUCACCUGCCAAGCGCUUGCUAUCGGUCAGUGCCUUGGGCUUCACCUCGAUGCCAGCAACUGGACUAUUCCCCAAUGGGAACGCAACGUUCGUAAGCGUCUGAGCUGGGCGCUAUUCAUGCAGGACCGCUGGACUGCAUUGGCUUAUGGACGACCUGUACAUAUUCACGACGAUGACUGGACAGUGGGCGAUCUCACUCCGGCUGAUUUUUCGGAUUUUGAAAACGACGCUCCUACCGCUCCCUCAACUUCUGGAUCUGUCUCUAGUUCGGUUUCUGUCUCUGGCUCGGACGACGAUCGGAGAUCGAUUGCUUACACUGGCAUGACGCAGUAUAUACAGAUGGUGCGGUUGACGCAGAUUCUAUCAGUUGUCUACUCGACCUUUUACACAGCUCGCACGUGCCGAGAGCAGGACACGGUGAUACUCUUCGAGAAAGCCCGGCCGCUCUUUGACAUGCUGACGAGUUGGUACCAUAGCAUCCCACCAACGCUGCAGAUGAAUGUCAUCUACCAGCGCAAGCUGUGCUUCCACGGCUAUUUGCACUUCUCCUACUAUGGUGUGGUAAUGACACUCCUGCGUCGCCUAAUCCGCUCUACAGCCCUCCCUCCACGCUGUUCCGACGAUCGCGUGCUCUCCAGCAUUCGCCAGAUCGCCCUCCAAACUGCCCAAAGCGCAAUAAGCUUCGUGAUAAGUUUGAGGCCCGAUCAUCUCGAGGCUUUCUGGUACUUUACAUCACCCUACCUCUUCUCGCUCCUCGGCUCCUUUACCACCUUACUUCUCGUCACCUCAUUGUCUUCCCAGGAGCAACAUUUCUGGCAAGAAACUUUAAACUCGUACCUCUGGAAUCUUCGCAUGAUGAGCAAAAGUCAUCAACCAAUGCAAUACGCUGUAAACCGUCUCGAAGGCGCCAUAUUGCGCGGUCUCGAGCAUUCUCUCGCGGUCAAUAUAAACGAACCGCUUAAUGACAAAGUUAGCCCAAUGAUGGGCCAUUAUUCAUCAGAUGUAUAUGAAUACACUGAUUUUGGCGACUGGGACCUGGCAGCUGGUGCAUCAGGUCCGUAUGAUCUUCUCAGUGGGUUGGUUAUCCAGCAGAAUCCUAUGAUGCCGCAGGAAGAGUUAGGAUGA